AUGACAAACCAAAUCACUACUAUAGCUGACUUAACUCUUCAUGCUGCCAACCUGAAGGUUUCAGAACCCACCUUACAUCUAGUUCCGGAAGUGAAAAAAGACAGGUUCAUCUUGGUGGGGAAAAUUGUUGGGGACAAGCAGUUCAGCUACUCAGCCGUGCGAGAAGCGCUACAGAGGUCUUGGAGAAUCAGACAUGGUUUCCAAAUUGCGAAAGACUUUUCUGGAGUUUAUGUCUUCACUUUCCAGAGUAAGGAGGAUAUGGAAACUGUGUGGAGAGGCCGACCUUGGUGCAUUAGAAACUCUUUGCUGGUUUUGCAACAGUGGCCCCCAGACCAAGCAUUGGAGUCCAUUGAGUUUUUAACCUCUCCCUUCUGGAUCAGAUUUGUAGGUCUGCCGGCAAACCAGAUCACCACCUCCAAUGCUGGAAUCAUUGGACAACUCUUUGAAAAAUUGUUGGUCAGCGAGGUGGGAGCUGAUGGAAACCGGAGGGAUUAUGGUACGCUGCGCUUAAGGGUGGUGAUUAGGGUUGAUAAGCCCCUGAGAAAAGGAUUCUUCACUAUCCUAGAUGAUGGUACACCGAAAUGGGUGAGUUUUACGUAUGAAAGACUACCGGACAUCUGCUUUAGGUGUGGUGUGAUGGGUCAUUAUGCUUCAACUUGCUCUGCCAUCUUAGAGGAAGGUCUGCCUAACCAGGGAGGGGGUGGAGUUGGAGUCCAGGAUUUUAACAGUAUUAGCUUUGGGCCGGGGAUGAGAGCUAGUUUUAUCAGGUCGCAAGCUUCCAGUCCUAGGCUUUCGUUUACUCCCACGGGAGAGAAGGGUCUCAAGACGGUGGUACCGGAAACCUCUUCUUGGGGGGGAGCGUCCUCAAAUCCAGGGGAGAGCCAGGGAAAGAGCCAUAUCUUUCAGUCAAGUACGGAUAGGACUGCAUCCAGGCUGGAUAAAGGGAAAGCUGUGGUGGGAUACGAGGAAGGAAGAAAAGGUGAUCAGACUUUCGGCGAUGGGAAAGGUAUACUGAACACGCUAGCUGCUGACAUGGGACAGAGUGAAGGUAUGGGAAACGGUAACGUCCGUUCUGCUGGUUUGGGGGACAGCGCUGAGAAGAAACCUACUAUUGGGCCCAAGUCCAUGGAGCUCUUGACCCCUAUGGGGAUAAGUAAGCCUUCUCCAACUAUUAAACACCAUCCGAAUAUUCUAAAGGCCUGUGUGAUGGAUGAGCUUCUUAAGGGAACAAAGCCCACGAUCAAGAACCCUGCAGUGUACAACAAAGUUAAGUUGGACCCCUUCAUUUACCCUACAAGCCCAAGGUUCAUUUAUUACUCCAAGGAGGACGAGAGUUAA